AUGAAGCGAGUGAUCGGCCCGCCGCCGUUGGGCCCCAUUCAUAAGAUUAUUGCGAGAACAGAAACAAGCUGCCCAAAGAUUAACCGGUGGAGGCCUGGAUUUGCGACCUCGAUAGGAAUUGGGAUUUUUGCACCUUUGCUUCCGCUCAUAAGUGGGGCAUGGUUGGAGAGUGGAGUCCACAUCCAACAUAAGUCGUGUGAAUGGCAACUUCGCUCGCGAACAGUCCGUAAGACCAGCAAAUCCUUUCAGAUGGCACCAGAACACCAACGGUUAUCGGAGGAGAGCGGUGUAACUUCCACACCAUUGUUGCAAAACUUUGACUCGGAUGAGUCGUUCCGCCAACAUCGCCACUCCUGGUCAGAGAACGAGAUCAACCCUCACAAUCCUGAUUACCACCGGCAAACCUCGAAUGAAAAGCUGAAUGGGCCGUAUCUCGAUGGAGACACAUCCAUCAUAAUAACGGACUCGAUGGGGCAAGUGGGCCUUGCAUCAAGGGAGGAAGAACAACGGUCGAACCUCUACUCGGCUUUGGUCUUGUCAAGAUGGCGGACGCUGCGUUUUGCUCUGCGGCCAUGUGUGCUCUUGGUGCUGUUUGUGCUUUCGGCUGUUCAAUUCAUCUGGAUCGUCAUGUCAGAUCCGUCCUGGACAGUAUUCGGUCAAACCAUCACACCAGCACGUCCUGAAGCCAACCUCACAGAUACGAUAGCAGUGCCUCCAGGGACAAGCUUCUUGAAGAACGGCGAUCUAUCUAGAAUCACGAAAGACAACCAGCGACCCCGUCGACCGAUGCCCAUAAACUCUCAUCUGGAGUUCUUGCGAGAUAAAGGGAAAUAUCUGGAGGCCUGGGUUGCCCGAGGGGAAGUUCUGGAUGGCAUGGACUUGGGAGAACACGACCAUAUUGAUGGGCUUUGGUCUUGGGUAAAUGGUAGUGACCCACGCCAUGCAGCAGCUCGCCGAUUCUUCUCGGAUGACCCAUCUACACCAAAAUUAUUCUCCGAAUCCGACACAGCCGCAAGGUUUCGGGACAACGAUGAAUUGCGGUAUAGUCUCCGAAGCGCUACAGCGGGUUUGGGAGGCUAUCUUAGGACAAUACAUCUCAUGUCGACCGACUUUUGGCCCAGCGGUCUCCCAAGCUACCAAGAACACACCGAGCAGCUUCAACGCUUGUCCGAGGGUAUCAAUGUCACUGCAAACACGGUCCUCCAUGGGCAGAGUGAUGCAUUUCAUAUUGAAAAUGGUAUGGUCAGAUAUGGCCAAAUCCCACAGUGGCUCCAUGUGGACCACCCCGACGUGAGGCUGGGCGACCGGGCUCGAGUCAUCGAAGACGAAGCUCCUGCCUUUCGGAUGCAUCACGACUGGAAUCUCUUCUCGGAAUUACGGAACGUCGAUCCAGACACUCAGGAAUUGCCCGAUGACCUGAGCCAGAGAGAGAUGCUCCAGUACAAGCUCGACAUUCUGCCGACAUUCAACAGCGGGGCGAUGGAGGCGUCCUUAGGCACCAGUGUCACCGACCUAGCCGAAGCCUUCUUCUACAGCAACGAUGACUUUUUCUUUGGAAGUAACCUAACCACCGCCGAUUUCUCGUCCCCAUUGUACGGGCCCGUUUACCACAUUGAUCAUACUCUUCCCCUACUGGCUCAAGAAGCUCCUGAAGAUGGACUUGCAGAGCACGCUAGCCUUUCGUACUCCACGUGGCUGUUGGGAGAGCGGUUCGGCCAUCGUGACAGGUACUAUAUUAAACAUGUUCAGAAGACGCAAUUACGACCUCUGAUCAUGGAAGCUCAGCUGAUGUGGGGAGACGAGUUUGGACGGACUGCCCAUCAGCGCUUCCGGGGCUCGGGAAAAUCAGUCAACACUCACUUGCUGUCGUACAACUUCAACAUCGAGAGACACCGCGAGGCGUUGCUGUGGUCGUAUUUUGUCGCGAGGCUAGACAAAGAUGGCGACGGCUGGUACAGUGACGAGGAGCUCUCAGAUGCUUGGACUGACCUCGGCUUUGGCGCCAACAAGAAAAUAUGGGAUCAGGAGCCUGGAGCUGUGCCCCUGCCUUCUAGGGACACCGUUCUAGACGUCAACGUCAACAGGAAUCUCGAAAAGGCUCAGUUCUCGACCCCAGGAAAGACUCAACUUCUCACAUCUAGUCACGAUGGGUACUCUUUGGUCAUUCUUGGGUCUAUGGAACACGAUGCGCUACCGGCGGACAAGGUCUGGCCCGAGUACCACAAGCAUGCUGCUAUUAUCGACUGGGCCACGUGUUGGGACGCUGCAAUCGGCCAUCAGCCCAUAAUGCUCUUCAAGCACAUGGCUUUUGGAAAACCCCGCUGCGGAGACUACCUCAUCACCCUACUAGUCGCUCGAAGCGGCCUGAGAGGCCUUUCCGCAUUUCUUCCCGCCGCGGACACCACCUUCUCGCGUGUUUCAAACCUGGUCGACAAGUCAGAGACCACACCUCAUCUACCACUCGAUGACCGCUGGCAAGACGCUGACUUUUCCCUGGGUGCUGUGGCUCGUCACACGGGCUGGUCUGGCCUUUCUCGCCGCGUGUUCGCCAUGCUUCUCAUUCAGCGCUACUCUUACUCCAUCGGUUACUCUCCCGAAAGUUUUCAAAUGAUAAAGGGGGCAAGUUCCGCCAAGGAAUCUCUGGGAAAGCUGGAGAAGGGUGGUGGCCGUGAUGGAUACGCAUUCAUGUGUAUCAAUGAUGACAUGACCGGGACACAGAAGAACAUCGACCAGACGGUGCAAAUGAUUCAAGCUUGGAUGGAAAAAACUUGGCCUGUGGAGCAGUUCAAGUUGCCGUAUGAACGAGCGCCGCAUGUGGACGUUACGGAUGAGACAGCUGUGGAGGCAUAG